GUUAAUAUUAUUUUUAUUGAUAAUAAUUUUUUGUUGUUAAACAUAUAUAUAAUUAACAAAUAGCCGUUAAAAACAUAAAAAUCAAUAAUGAAAUUAUUGAUUAUAUCAUCACUAAUGACAAUAUGUUUGCUGUCGUUGAAUGCCGACUGCAAAACACACGAGGUGUCCAACGCUGGCCAGCUAUCGUCGGCCCUGUCGUCGGCCGAACCGGGAGACAGUGUACACCUGCACGACGGUUCAUAUCACGGCUCGUUUGUCAUCACCCGAAGCGGUUCGCAAUCGGCACCGAUAACGCUGACCGGUUCGCGUCAAGCAGUCCUGUCGGGCACUAAGUACGGCCUGUGGCUAAAAGCCGAUCACUGGCAGCUGAAGGGCUUUACGGUGGCCAACUCGCCAAAAGGUAUAGUACUGGAACGGGCAUCGCAUAACCUGUUGGACAAUCUUGAGGUACAUAAUAUCAAACAAGAGGGCAUCCAUUUGAGGACAAGUAGUUCAGAUAAUACCCUGCAAAACAGUUACGUCCAUCACACGGGUCGCGGCGAUACUACCGAUCAGGGAUAUGGUGAAGGCGUUUAUAUUGGCCAAGCGUUUCAUAACUGGGCCGACGGUAAACAAGACAAAAGUGACCGAAAUAAGAUACUAAACAAUAAGAUAGGACCGGAAGUUACCGCCGAAUGCCUGGAUAUCAAAGAAGGUUCGUGUUGUGGUCAUAUCAAAGGUAACCAUUUUGACGGUACGGGCGAAAAGGGUAUACAUUAUGCCGACUCGUGGGUGGACGUCAAAGGCGAUUCCUAUGUCAUCGAAGACAAUACGGGAACUCAUCCCAAACUUAACGGCUUUGAGAUCCAUCAUAUAGACCAAGCAGGGAUGGGUGGCUGCAAAAACACCAUCAAAAACAACAAGUGCCUCCAAUUGCCCAAAGGUGGCAAAUGUGCGGUUAGUUCAUCGAAAAAAUGUCAAAACGAUAUUCAACAAUAAAAAUAAAACAAUUAAAUUGUUUUUUUUGUUGAAAUAAUUUACAUAAUGUAUAUA